UCAUGGGUAAUCAACCGUCCAAGGGCGAGAAAGGCUCGUCAGACGGCCCUGAUCUCAGCUCCUAUCCCUCCUUCUCCAAGUCCGACACCCAGGGCUCGACACGUUCUUUCCGCGGUUCCAUUCGCUCAAAGAUCCCCUCCAAGAUAUCCACCGACAACCUGCGNCCCCCAUCAUCCGCCCUGGCCUCACCUAAGAGACAGUCAGAGCCAGGUUUGGAUGCUGCCGCUAUACAGUCCAUCCCCGGUGCCAAACAUAGACGCUCCCCUUCCGCUCCCUCUCUUUCCGAAACGUCGCGCAGGAGCAGUGGAGCAAGCAACGAUGCCCAAGAUCAAGACGAUGUCCAAGCUCCUCCUUCUCCCACUCUGUCAUCCUCUAUCGGCCACGGCCAUUCCGACAUCACAAAAGCCCAGCGGUCCGGUGAGGUCGAGCACGUCUCUGACGCUCCUCCUACUGGCACUCUACAACACAACAACCUAACCGAACCUACUGAGUCUAUCUUGAUGAGGAAGGCUGAUCACAAGCCCAGUUCCGCUGCAGCAGCACUCGCCUUAUCGGAAGGCUCGGCUUCCAAUAACAUGGACAUCGGUGCCCUCAAGACGUCGGAUCUGGAUGACAUGAUCAAACGAUUGAUCGACGCAGGAUACGCCGGAAAGGUCACAAAAACAGUUUGUCUGAAGAAUGCCGAGAUUUUUGCCAUCUGCCAGGCUGCUCGUGAGGUCUUCCUUUCGCAACCUGCUCUGCUCGAGCUUGCGCCCGCAGUCAAGAUCGUUGGCGACGUUCAUGGUCAAUACACCGAUCUCUUGCGCAUGUUUGAAAUGUGCGGAUUUCCUCCCAACUCCAACUACCUCUUCCUGGGUGACUACGUGGACCGUGGCAAACAAAGCCUGGAGACCAUCCUCUUGCUGCUCUGCUACAAGCUACGUUACCCCGAGAACUUCUUCCUCCUUCGUGGCAACCACGAGUGCGCCAAUGUGACCCGUGUUUAUGGAUUCUAUGACGAAUGCAAGCGUCGUUGUAAUAUCAAGGUGUGGAAAUCGUUUGUUGACACUUUCAACUGCUUGCCUAUCGCAUCCGUUGUUGCCAACAAAAUUUUCUGUGUGCACGGAGGCCUAUCACCCAGUCUUUCGCAUAUGGAUGACAUUCGCAACAUUGCUAGACCGACUGACGUUCCAGACUAUGGGCUGCUGAACGAUCUGCUUUGGAGUGACCCAGCCGAUAUGGAAAAUGACUGGGAAGCCAAUGAACGAGGAGUGAGCUACUGUUUCGGCAAGAAGGUCAUCAUGGAGUUCCUUGCGAAGCACGACUUUGACCUCGUGUGCAGAGCGCACAUGGUUGUUGAGGAUGGUUACGAGUUUUUCACUGAUCGCGUUUUGGUCACCGUAUUCUCAGCACCAAACCUAGAUGCANNGUACUGCGGAGAGUUCGAUAACUGGGGAGCUGUCAUGUCUGUUUCUGGUGAGCUUUUAUGCAGUUUCGAGCUGCUGAAGCCUUUGGACUCGAGUGCUCUCAAGCGACACAUCAAGAAGGGUCGCAAUGAACGUCAAAACAUGCUGAACAGUCCGCCCGCAAGUCAAUAUCCUCAGAGUUAU